AUGGCUUCCAAAGGUGAAGCAAAUGCUGGUUCAGCAACCAAUCUCAAAGAAGGGGAAAUUAAGACCGAAACCAAUGAUAAUUUUUCUCCUCGAAUAAACGAAGGACGAGAACCUGGCCUAGAUCUUACUGUUAUCCAGCCAAGCACCGAUGCUGUGACUAGGAAGGAGAAGGCGGUUAAGGCUAGUCUCCUCUUCUUGAACAAAGCUGAGAGUAUCGUGGCUUCGUACACAACCAUGUUCCCCGAGUUCAAGCAUUGGCAAGACCAAAUCAAACAAAUUCUUGAUAGCAUAGAACGUCCUCGUGUGCUAGUCGGAGUGUUGGGGUAUACUGGGAGUGGAAAAUCAUCCUUAAUCAAUGCUCUCAUUGAUGAAGAAAUGGUGGUGCCAGCCAAUGCCAUGCGUGCUUCCACGUCCAUGGUGACUGAAAUCUCAUGGAACGAUUCAGACGAUCCGGAAAAAGCCUUCCGCGCUGAGAUAGAGUUCAUAAGUGAAAAGGAAUGGAAAGCGGAAAUGGAUAUCCUGUUAGAUGAUUUGCAGAAUGCCACUAAAGGAGAGGAUUUGUCAGUUGAUACUGGCAGCGAGGCUAGUACGGCAUUCGCGAAGAUAUCCGCGGUUUGGCCUGGAGUCACUCUGGACAAAUUGAAAGGAAUGACAUCAGAGGAACUCUUCCACGAGAUAGAAGGAGUUUCCAAUCAUUUGGAUUGCAAUCUGGAUAUCUCAGAUAGUAAAGCUAAGUCAUUCUCACAACAGAUAAAUUCUUAUAUCGACUCAAACAACAAGCAAGCUUCGUCGAAAGGAAUAUCCUACUGGCCUUUGGUACGUUGCGUUCGAAUCUACACGAAAGCUGAGAUAUUGAGACAUGGUCUCGUUUUGGUAGAUCUGCCUGGCCUCGGAGAUUCGAAUACCGGGAGGACACAGGUCGCAGAGAAGUACGUUAAAAAUCUCACAUAUGUAUGGGUUGUGGCCGACAUAGUUCGCGCAAUUGACGACCAGGUUGCAAGGGAUCUAAUGGGCAAAUCCUUUCGGAGACAAUUACUCAUGGAUGGAAAAUACGACGACAAGUACGUUACAUUUAUUAUGACGAAGACUGACAUGAUCAACACUGAUGAAGUCAUUGAAUCGCUGCAACUUCGAGAGCAUGACUUGAAAGAGAUUCUACUCCGAGAAGAAGAAAUCUUGAAGCAGAUCCCUAAUUGGCAAGAGGCGCUCGAUCGAAAAGCUCUUAAAGUUAAGAACAUCAACAAGGCUUUGAAAACAAUGAUGAAGGUUUACAAGUCGUCCACAAGUGCCAGGGCCAUUCUGCGAAAGCGCAAGCAUACAGAGGACGACAUGACCGAUUUAAUGUCAGAGAAUGAGGAGCAAUCGUCUGCUGACUCAGAAACUCCAGAAACCCAAAUAUUGGAAAGGAAGCAUCUCGUGAAGAAAAGAGCUCAUAGUGUCAAAUCUGUGAGAGCUUUGGAGAAAAAGCUUGCUGAAAUGAAGCGCACCCUCAAGUUGAUCAGAAACGACAUCAAAGCUGCUUGUACCCAGGCUCGGAAUCGUUACACACAGGAGAAUCUCAAAGUGGACUUUGAAAAUGGACUCCGAGACUUAAAGCAGGAUAUUUCUCAUGAUACAACUGAUGAGCAUCAUUCUGGAAAUGAAGACGAGGAGAGGAACAAAGAUUCGGUUCAUCACCAAGAUUUUGUUAACCAGCUAAAUAUUUUCUGUGUAUCUUCAAAGGGAUACCAGAAACUUGCGGGUCGCUUCAAGCGCGAUCGGAUUCCGGAAGGGUUUGCGUCAGUAAAUGAUACUUUCAUUCCAGGUCUACAAGAACAUGCAGCAGCUUCUACCUUAACGACGCGAACAAAGAUAGCCGAUACCUUCCUAAAUGAUUUCCAAAUAUUAAAGUUAAGUAUCAAAUCAUGGGCCAAAAAUGGCUCUCCUAAUUCAUUGUCUUCCUCGCAGAAGCACAAGCUCCAAGCUAUGUUAGAACAACAGCUGGGAAUUCUCAACAAGUCUCUUGGCUGUGCUUCCGAGACUACAACGUUCCGCAUUCGCGAGAUCAUAAAUACGGAUAUCCUCCCAACUCUGAAUGAUUGCAUCGAAACUUCCACAAUAAAGGCCAGGCAGACUUGUAAAGCCCUCACAGAGUCAGACACAUCUUUUCAGACCUGGAAAGCAAUUUGCCGUAGGCAAGGUAAGUUUAACAACAAAAGGAAGGUAAAUUAUGACUGGAAUGGCGUUUUCUUGGAACCAUUCUUGGAAUGUCUCGCCAACCCUUGGGAUCGAGUUUUCAAUGUUCAAAUGCAGCACAUCCAUGAUGAGUGUUCUAGAACUGUUGUCGCAGCUAUCAACUCGUUUUCAACCGACAUAAGACCACUUCUCCACGAUAUAUCGGAGGCUUCUGCAUCAAACUCGCCCGUCGAGAUUCUAGCCAAAAUUCCUUAUUUACAGCGUAAAACAACAACAAAAAUAUCUGCGUCCAUGAAUUUCACCCAAAGUCAAGCGCAAGAAAUUUAUCGAUUGAUUGAGCCAUUGAUUCAACAGCAUAUGCGCCCUGCAUAUCAUUCGUGUAGUCUGGAAUCAAAUACAGGAGCACUUGCUCGCAUGAAAGAGCAUCUGUUAAGACACAUCAGAAUGAAUAACGAAAAUAUGUACAAGGAGGCAUCUAAGUUGCUUAAGAAGAGAUUGAACAAGAUGAUAAAAACUCUCGAGGGGUUAUUGUCAAAGGCUCAUAUUGACACGUCAAAAUACCUCAGAAAAGAAAUUGAAGACAUGAUCAUGGUGGCGGUUGGAAAGGAUGAUGAAGCCAGAGAGAAAAUGAGCCGAGUAAGAAAUACUUUGUGCAAUGAUUUGAUACUGGAGCUGAAUACCUUGGAAAUGGCAUGGGUUAGGAGUGCUUCUGAACCAGCGGAAAAUCCUAUGUCUCUCAACACUGAUAGAAAGGUAGAAGAUGACAGUGGUGAAGAUGGUGAGGGGGAUGACUUUAGUUUUGACACUGAAAGCAGUGAUGGUAGUGAAGGCGUAGAGAGUACUAGCGACGAAGUGGAGGGUUCUUGA